CCUAGUGUAAUCUUAAAUGUUUAUAAUUUCAGAGAAAAUGGUUGUGAAGUUUUCUGACGAGGAUAUUAAGAAACAUUUGACGGAUCUGGGAUAUAAGAAUAUACCGGAGGAAAAAUUAAAGACGUUCGUAGCCGACCUCCGUCGGUUAAUGAAGUACGAGGAAAAGAAGAAAUUAUUGGACAAUAAAUUAGAGAACUUAGAGAAUUUAGAACCUUGUAGCAGAUCUAAACCUAGAAAUGAAGAAAUUAAGACGAAAGGUCAAGAUGGAGAGGAGAUUAGAAUUAAAAGUCAAGAUGGAGAGACGAGAACAAGGAAGAAGAGAAGACGAAGUGAGUUAACGGAGAUAAAAACUAAACUUUCAAUGACAGAAGAAUCAUCAAGACUAACAUCCUCCAGUUCCGAGUUCUCCCGCCAAACCACGUCUAGUUCGAGUAAUUUAUCCGGAGUUAGAGCAGAAGAAUCAAGUCUAUACGUAGACGUUCUCAUCCCAAGAUUUAACUCCGAGAAAUCUCUUCCUCUUGCGGCGUCCCUCCUGGAGCGUCCUGGUUCAGGAGUUAUCAGGUGCAGGUCAACUCAAGGUCUUCAGGGUCCAACAGGACGGAGAGGUAGAACUGAUCCUGUGAACCUGCACCAGGAGUAUAAGAAGGUUUGGGAUAAACUAAACCUUCCUGGAGAAACCAGUCAUAACAAGCUUCGUUGGGCAGUCAGGGGCUGGAUGAUGGGAGAAGAACCAAAAUAGAUCCAGAUAAAAUUAAAUUUUGUCAUGAAUUAUGGACGCUUGUUGAUUUUACAUUUUUGGCCAAUGUUUCCCCUUAAAAAAAAGUUUUGAAAAAUUACGCUGUGUUGGUUAUUUUCGAUCAAUUUUUUACCUCUGAACAUUUGACACAAUAUAUAAUUUAUUGUAAUAUGAAUUUGAAUUAUUAUUAUAAUAUACUUACAUUCUAGUUAAA